CUGGGUCUCAAACAGACGAAACACUUGAGACGAAAAUACUCGACUAGUGAAAAUGAGCGGAAGAGGAAAAGGAGGAAAGGGACUCGGUAAAGGAGGCGCCAAGCGUCACCGUAAAGUCCUCCGUGAUAACAUCCAGGGAAUCACCAAACCCGCCAUCCGCCGUCUGGCUCGCCGUGGUGGAGUCAAGCGUAUCUCCGGUCUGAUCUACGAGGAGACCCGCGGAGUGCUGAAGGUCUUCCUGGAGAAUGUCAUCCGUGAUGCCGUCACCUACACCGAGCACGCCAAGAGAAAGACCGUGACCGCUAUGGAUGUGGUUUAUGCUCUCAAGAGGCAGGGACGCACUCUGUACGGCUUCGGAGGUUAAACUCAUCCACAAUUACAACAAAACAAAGGUCCUUUUAAGGACCAAACACUCACUCUGAGAGAGCCUUUACCUCCAUAAAUCCAACUGCUGUAAUGUCUCGAAGAAAUAUGUUAUAUACAAUACCUAUACUGAAUAUGGGAACUUUUUUUUUCUGUUUCAUGACAGUGCAGAUGCAUAAAUAAAAGUCUUAAGUCAAAGUAUA